GAGUACUGGGGCAGCAUACUGCACAGGUUGGCGAUAAUGUGAUCUUCAGCUGUCAAAACACCUGUCCUGUUGCCACCACUCCUCUUUUCACCUGGUUUAAAGAUGGCCACCCUGUGAUGAAGGAGAAUCACCAGACUACAACUGCCGCCAACCAGCUGCAUCUCCAGCCAGUCAGCAGAGAGGACAGGGGGAACUACACCUGCUCACUAAAGGGCCAUGAGAAGUACCCAUCCUCUGCACUUGUCCUAGACGUCCAGUAUCCUCCAGAGAAUGUGAGUCUGUCUGUUGUUCCUUCAACUGAGAGGAUGGAAGGGGACUCAGUGACUCUGACCUGCAGCAGUGAUGCCAAUCCUCCUGUCCACAGUUACAGAUGGUUCAAGUUCAAAAUGGACGCCAGGCACAUUCCAGUGGAGUCCAGUGGAGAAAACAAAGAGCAGCUGAACAUCACCAACAUGAUGCCCACAGAUGGCGGCUCAUACUACUGCGAGGCAGAGAACUCUGUGGGAGUGGCAAACUCCACUGAAGUCUCCAUCAUUGGUUGCAUAACUCUCUGGAUGAUAUUGAGAGUAUUUGAAAGGUACACGGUGCAGGAAAUGGUCAAAAAGGAUGAGUAUGAAAACCAGUAUAACAAUGUGGGGAUCCAUGGAGCCGGGCCUCAGGGCCAUGCACCUGGCGGUUCAGAGGAGCAGGGGGUUAACUCCAACCCUGUCAACCCCAGGACCAAGUAA